GAAACUCUAUGCUCGCUUCACCGUCGGGACAUGUCGGGAUGCAAUGCGCUCUGAGCAUGGCUCCGAGUUUAUCCCUGGAUCGCGUGAACCUUGUGCGGCACCCGACGUGAAAACAGUUCAUUUCCCACAGAGAGCCUGAAAGUGCGCAGCCAAACUAGCCCAAACUAAGGUCUGCCGGAACUGGAAAGGAGAUCGAACGUCACGACACUUGGGUAUGCUGCCGCGCCCUGCGUUAAGACCCUGGGAGCCACCGAAGGUGCCUCCAGCAGUAGUGCUGUAUCCACGACCCCCCAUAGCGCUGCCAGGUGCUGCCAUGUCAUUGCCACCCAGAGGGUUUCAGCAGGCUGGCAGGCAACAAAAGCGCAGGUGGGAUGACCAGGAGGAGGAAAGGCCCCAAGUGAAGCGGCGCCUCUCUGUAGCAGACCGGCAGAGCCAGGAUGAAUGGGCGUCAGUGUCUGCAGCCCUGUGGGCCCACUACCAGGUGUACCAGCAUACUGAGGAGCUGCUGAAACGAAAACUAGAACUGCGUGAGCGCCUGCACGGAAAGCUACGCACCCUUUUUCCAUUGUGUGGCCUGUACAUCGUGGGAUCCUCACUGACUGGCUUUGGGUCCAACACAAGCGAUGCGGACAUGUGCCUCAUGCUCACCAAGGACCAGGUUGACCAGCGGCAGCAAGCAACAGCCGUUCUCAACCACGUGGCCCGCCUUUUGGCCAGGACAGGUUGGUGUGUGGGCGGCCGACCGCUGGUGAUCCAUGCCAAAGUGCCCAUCCUGCGCUUCUGCGACCGCGCCACGGGUGUUGAGGUGGACAUGAAUGUGAACAAUGUUGUGGGGUUACGCAACACGCGGCUGCUGCAGUGCUAUGCGCGUCUGGACCCAAGGGCAGCACCCCUCGUUCUGGCUGCCAAGGCAUGGGCUGCUGGACACCAAAUCAACGAGGCCAAGCAUGGGACCCUGUCAAGCUACUCACUGGCCCUCAUGGUCAUCCAGUACCUGCAGUGUGGCUGUGAGCCGGCCGUUCUGCCAAGCCUUCAAAAGAUGCAGCCGAGCAAGUUCCGCAGUGACGGGGACGUGCGAUUGCUCCGGUUGGGUGAGGAUUUGCCGCCCUGGCGCUCGGCCAACACCCAGAGCCUGGGUGCACUGUUUGUGGGCUUCGUCGACUACUUUGCCAACCGGUUUGGCUUCUCGCGCAGCUGUGCCUCGGUGCGACUGGGCGCACCCAUCAGCCGCACGGAGGUGGUCGGUGCAUCGGGCACGGCGCGCUCCCAGUGGAAGUACGUCUGCGUUGAAGAACCCUUUGACCGGUCCAACACAGCUCGGGCAGUGUACAACUGGGACACUUACCAGCAGAUUGUACGUGCCUUCCACAGUACCCUGCAGGACUUGCAGAGCAGCCACAGCCCUGAGUGCCUCCUGCUGCCUCGAGUGACCACUGCUGUACACCAUGUGCCAUAAUUUCUAAAGACACAAAAGAAAAAUGCUUCAUCUGUUUUC